CAGAUACUCUGGAGCGGAUAUAAACAUUCUCGUCCGCGACGCUCUGUUUAUGCCCGUGCGCAAAAUCCAGACGGCCACACACUUCAAAAGGGUUCAAGCGGCGGCCAGGGACAAUCCCAAUGCCACGUCAUCGUAUUUGACUCCCUGUAAUCCGGCAGAUAGGGGAGCACAGCCCAUGACGUGGAUGAAGGUGGAUGGAGAUGAGCUUCUGGAGCCAGUUGUGUGCAUGGAUGAUAUGAGGGGGGCCUUACGAACGGUUAAACCUACUGUGGGACAUGACGACCUGAAAAAACACGUGGACUGGAUGAACGACUUUGGUCAGGAAGGCUGAUGUGUCCAACAAAUAAAACUAGGAUCUUUUCAACAAUAUAGGUUGGGUGUGAAAUUCUGUAAUGAUGAAAUAAAGCACUCAUGCGCUAAUUGCUGACAGUCGCAUUUCGAAAAGUCUUUAAAUUCAUUCUAGAAAGGCUUCACAUGCAAUAGCGCUAAUCAGUGGACUGAACCAGGCAUGACCGAGAGUGUCUAUCUGCAAAUCCCCCGUUGUAUAAGAAAGGGCUCUCUGCCGCAUACGUUUCAACUGCUCUGCCGGGCAACGGUCCUUGACCUUUGACCCACUAUUUCUCUACUAGAGUGUAGGGAGCAGGUGCUCUGAACUUCUGAAGUGUGAGGCUCUGGCUUCUGGCCCGCUGCGCCGCAUUGAAAGUGCUAGACAUCAACACUACAGGAAACAAGAAAUCAUGGUAUACCCCUAUCCAGUACUAGCUGUUUGAUGACAUCAAACCCCGUUGAGAUCUCUCCCCCGGAUUUGAAUGACUGGUAGCGCUUUGUCGGUAAUCCAGCUACCAUAGCCAUACCAGAAGUCUUCUCAGUCUCCGAGUAUUGCAGCUGCGUAUUCUCGACUCCAUUGAUGAUAUCCAAUUCGAGUAUUUGUUCCAAAGUUAUACUCAACAUUCAAGUUUUCCGAAUGUCUUAAUCCGAUAGUUUCUCCACCACGGCGAGUGAGACCUCCUGGAAUACGGACAAUAAAACAAGCUCCACACGCCAACUUAGCAGCACCCGUACACAUCACCACUCCUGAUGCUGAGUAGACACAUAUAACUGUUGUAUCCUUAUUUUCAAAUAGAAAUAUGAAGCAUCCAUUACUACCUGCUACCCCAUUUAAACACUCCAUUCUUUCGUGUCAACCGCAUAACUGGUUGCAUAAUGAUAGAGUAGCUGGGUAUUCCACGUAAUCCCAAACGCUCAUGCUCCUUGACAUCGAGAUCUUCCAGAACGGCACACUCACGGGAGGUGUCAAUAAAACGUAAUGUCCUAUGUCUCAUAAUAUGCACUACCCCUAUGUGCAUAUACUGACUAUAACAAGAGGUUCGCAACCCCCUGCUGUAUCUGAAUUUUACGCUUAUUAGCUUUCGCUGUAUCCUCUUUAAGAUCAAAC